CAGGAGAAACUUGCAAGUUGCGCGUUAAGUCGAAGUCUCGAGGCUUUUGGCUUCAUUUCCUGAAACAGAGCAGACCCAGAAAAAGGGAAAAAAAAUAAUAAGAAAAAUAAGAAACCCCAUCUUCAAGAAUUUGACAAUAACAAAUCUCAUCCAACAAUUUUGCCCAAAAAAAAUCCAUAUUAUAAUCUCAUCAAAUGAUUAGUUUUAGAAGCAAUCCAUCCCCAGCGGCAGCACCACCACAAGAAUAUGCCUGGGUUACUUCAUACCAAAAGCUACUCCCGCACUGGCACUCUGUUUCUCUUUCUCAUCAGCAUUCCACACUACCGAUAUCAAUAGCUAGAGUUAAUCAGUUUGAUGCUGCUAGAUUGGAUAUUGAGAUGUCAGCCAUGUUAAAGGAACAGUUGGUUAAAGUUUUCUCCUUGAUGAAGCCAGGAAUGUUAUUUCAAUAUGAACCAGAACUUGAUGCUUUCCUUGAGUUUCUCAUUUGGAGGUUCUCAAUUUGGGUAGAUAAGCCUACUCCAGGAAAUGGACUUAUGAAUCUGAGAUACAGGGAUGAACGUGCCAUGGAAACAAGAGGAAAAGUAAGAACAGGUUUGGAAGGGCCUGGGCUGACUGUUGCUCAGAAGAUGUGGUAUUGCCUUGCCACAGUUGGUGGUCAGUACAUUUGGGCUCGUUUACAAUCAUUCUCUGCUUUUCGCAGAUGGGGUGAUUCUGAGCAGAGGCCAUUGGCACGGCGAGCUUGGGGUUUGAUGCAACGUAUAGAAGGGCUUUACAAGGCUGCAUCAUUUGGCAACCUACUUAUAUUUCUUUACACAGGAAGGUAUAGAAACCUCAUUGAAAGAGCUUUAAGAGCAAGACUUGUCUAUGAAAGCCCUAAUAUGAAUCGAGCUGUUAGUUUUGAGUACAUGAAUCGCCAAUUGGUGUGGAAUGAGUUCUCGGAGAUGCUGUUGCUGCUUCUCCCUCUUCUUAACUCGUCAACUGUUAAAAGUUUUCUUCACCCAUUCUCAAAGGACAAAUCUUCAAGUUCUACAGAGGAUGACUCUACUUGUCCCAUUUGCCGGGCAAGUCCAACACUUGCUUAUCUUGCUCUCCCUUGUCAGCACAGGUAUUGCUACUACUGCCUUAGAACACGAUGUGCUGCGACUCCCUCAUUUCAGUGUUCCAGAUGCAAUGAGCCUGUAGUGGCGAUGCAGCGACAUGGCACUGUUGUUGAGCAUAAAACUCAUAGUCAUUAGUCAGUAACUUUCAUAGGAGAAGGAAAAAAGAAAAAGAAAUCUCUAUAACAAAAAUGCAUGAUGUGGCAUACAAAUAUUUUGGGAGAACGAAACCUUUUGUUUUUAAUGCAAUUGGAUGGGGGAAUUAAUCAUUCUUUGUCAACUGUCACGUUAAUAACGAGGGUUAUUCUUUCAACUCGUGAAAGAGAGAUUCUUUGGAAACCUGUUUAAAUCUUUGUCUAGUAAUGUGACUGUUUCUUUGAAGCUGGAAUUUCUGACUCACAACUUAUAUAUUCUCAUCUUAUUUUUUA